GGGUCGCAAUCACAUUUUCAUUCGAGUCCGAGGGGAAGCCUCGACAGGGGCAACAUCGCGGUUCGAACAUUGUUCCGUCGUGGGUUUUUAGUUCUAGACCCAUGGAAGCUUGUAUGGAAGAUGACGGCAAGGAACGACUAUCUUAUGUAUUCCAUAGGUCUGUCCGUAUCUCCGCCCAGGUCAGUAUUACAUGUGGAUUCAAGUUGAAGUUCCGAGCACUAUAGACGGUACAAGAACUACUCCUUUUUUAUCAAACGAAAUUGGAUGGCAAAUACACUAUGCACACGCGACCUUGUGCGUGGGACUCCGCGUGUAUAUGCAUGUAUAUGCGUGUGCUAGAGUCACAAUGCGAACACCCGGCCUCGGUAUCAGCUGCAGCCCCUGCGAGGUACCCGUUGAAGAUGGGAUUCGGUAUUUGGCCUUCCAAGUCGCAUUUUGUAAUCCCCGUGCGCGUCUCGGUGUCGCUGAGACGCGGGUCGAAUCAUCAUUCGGUGAUGGAAGACCUUACUGCACGCCUACGCUACUUAACUCGAUUGUACUCAGAUCAGAAGUAAGGAGCGGUGGGGAAUCAGUGAACUUCUUUCCGACAUGUCCGAGUCACCUUCAGGGGGGAGAGUCGGGACUCACGAGUUCUCUUAUCAGUGACCUGAAUUAUUAGGUCAAUAACGAAUAUGCUAUCGGCAUAUGAUAUGCCCCGAAGCCAAGUGGGUUGCGACGCAAGGAGACCAAUAGAGGUUUUCAAGGGAAAUUUUCCCUGAUGGAUCUAAAUAUUUCCUCAAGUUAGACCAAUUGACAACCGAGGCUCUCUGAACAAUAGGCAACGAGGGCUCAGAACAGCAUGGGCUUGAAGGUUGAAGGGUGAACGUCCUGGGUGGGGUCUGCAAGAUCGGGAAAGCUGAC